AUGCGCACCGUCCGCACUCACACCGGCGCCCACGACAACAGCCACUCCUGCGUGUGGCAAAAGGAGGACGACGACGGCACACUCGGCGUCGCCCUCUCCAAAGACCUGAUGGCCAUGGCCGGCGACGCCCUGAAGACCAACAUCACCACCCUCGGCCCCUUAGUCCUCCCCAUGUCCGAACAGCUCCUCUUCUUCCUCACCCUCGUCGCCAGAAAAGUGUUCAAGAUGAAGAAGGUGAAGCCCUACAUCCCGGACUUCAAGAAGGCGUUCGAGCACUUCUGCAUCCACGCCGGCGGGAAGGCGGUGCUGGAUGCCAUAGAAAAGAACUUAGAGCUCAGCCAAUGGCACAUGGAGCCUUCGAGAAUGACGCUCUACAGAUUCGGAAACACUUCCAGCAGUUCAUUAUGGUAUGAAUUGGCUUACACAGAAGCCAAAGAGAGAAUCACAAAAGGUGACAGAAUAUGGCAGAUUGCAUUCGGGUCGGGUUUCAAAUGCAACAGUGCUGUUUGGCGUGCUUUGAAGAACAUAAAUCCAGCAAUGGAGAAGAAUCCAUGGAUGGAUGAGAUCCAUGAAUUUCCAGUUACUAAUUAAACUAUCAUAGUAAUAGUAUAUAG